AUGGCUUUUGGUUAUCGCUCCUCUACCGGGGCUCUCGAUCGCUUCGACGAUUAUGAGCCUCCGCCACGACGCCCCGAGCGCUGGGACCGCGAGAAGUUCGAGCGCAUGAGCCGUCGCCCGCCCCACGACGACCGCGAGACGUUCCGCUGGGUCGAGCCUGAGCGCGACAACUACCCGCCGCGCCCUCCCAGGUCAAGGCCCGACGUCGCCCUCGAGGACCGCCUUGAAACCAGAAGCUCGCGCGGUCGCUUCGACGAGCGAGACCGCUUCUAUGACGAUGACAUCAUCGAGCGCCGUGGUCCAGGCCGUCGCCCGGACUUCCUUGAUCGUGAAGAGCCGUCGCCUGCUGAGGUAGCUAGCCGUGCACUUGCACCAUACCGCCGCAAACCCCCCACCGAGAGGGGGCUUAGUCCGCCGGCUCGCCGCCCAGCCCGCCCCGCCAUGCUUCGCAGGCAAUCUUCGCUCGACACUUUCGACCGCCGCCCGCUUCACCGGCAUGAGGAGAGAGACGAAUGGCGACCACCAGCAAACGUCGACAUUCCUCUGCCGAUCCGCCGUAGAUCUCCAUCUCGUCGUCGUCGUUCCCCUCCCGUAGACCGCUACAGGGAGGACGACUUCGAGGAGAUCAGGUACAGAGACGCUGAACCGGAUUUCCGCGAGGAUUACAGGGAGGUUGAGAUUCGGAGAGAGAAAAGUCGUGCACGGAAGUCCCACCGGAGCGACCGGAGCGAGCGCAGCGAGAGCAGAUAUAGGGCUCCGUCCAGCAAGAGUUCGAGCUCUAGCUUUGAGGAGAUCAGAGAGGUAUCGCCGUCCCAACUACCCGGCAAGAAGGGCAAGACGAGGAUGCCCAGGCGUCUCGUGCACAAGAGUGCUAUCAUCCAGCUUGGCUAUCCAUUCGAAGAGGAGGAGGACUUCAUCAUCGUCAAGCGAGCUCUCGAGAAGCCUCAAAUUGACGAAGUCAUCAAGAUCAGUGAGACGUACAAGGCUGAGGACAACAAACGCACGACCUACCGUUAUGAAGAGGAGAAGAUGAUUGAGGUUCCUGCGCCGCCGCCGCCCCCACCGUCCGCGCCAAUGACCCAAAUCAUUGAGGUGCCUCCGCCGCCGCCGCCGCCGCCAGUGCCGGGCCCGGAGCCGAUCUUCAUGGCUCCUCCGCCGCCUCCCCCGUCGUCGCACCAUCACAGUCACUACUCUCACCACUCCCAUCACAGCCCGCCGCCUCCUCCGCGUUCUGUACGGACUGUGUCUCCGUCCAGACGUGAGAUUUACGAGGAGCGCAUCGAAGAGUCUAACCACAUCGGCGGGCCUUUGACUGUUGUGAUGCCAGAGAGGCGGAGUGACCGGGAAAUCAAGGACGAGAUUCGACGACUGGAAAACGAGAGGAGAGCACUGCAGCUGGAGCGACGGGCCGAGGAUCUCCGUCUUGCGCCAACCGAGUAUCGGGAAACCGAGUACGAAAUCAUCGAAGAACGGCCGCGCGAGCGAAACGUGGUCCGCGUUGACAAGGAUCGAAAGGGUAGGUUGGCCCUGGUCCGAUCCUCUCAUUAA